GGGCGUCAGCCAGGAUUGUGCGUUUUGCGCUUGCGCAAUGCGCGCGACGCCUGCCGGGAGAUGCAGUCUUUCCCCCUGGCGCCGCUCCGUUAGCACAUGGUACCCACCGCUCCUGUCUGGACUACAACUCCCGCCAGACCGUACGGUGCCGGCCGAGCGGGGAAGGCAGAGUGUGGGUGUUGGAGGAAAGAUGGUGGAAGUUUGCGCGUGGUUGUCCCGUCAUCAUACCCAGAAAAUCAACAGCAACAAUAAACAUUUUGGUAACCAGCCGAGCCAUUCGUUGUUAACAGAUCUCAAUUGUGUGAAGUCCAGCGCUAGGUCGCAGAGGCUGCCUUCUGUUGGCUGAUACAGGGCCCGGCGAGCGAGAGAGUCGCCCCGGCCGAGUCGGAGCGCCGGCCGUCGGCAGCAGCGAUGCCAAAAACUCGAGGCCGGUCUGGCCACAACAAGGGCUCUUUAAGACAUGAACUACUACAGCUGAAGGUUUCAGCCAAAGUAGCUCAAAUGGAAGGAGGACGGAAUGGAGCUAAAGGGGAGACUCAAGCCAGUGACGAUGAUCUUGCCAGUGAGGUACUCAGCCAUUACAGCAGUACCAGUGAGACUGCCAGUGUUCCUGAGGAAGGGAAUGAAGCCAUUAAUGAGCAGAUGGCCCAGGAGGAAGCUGAGGAUAAAUUGAAGGAAUGCAUUGAUAAUACAAUGGACAAAAGUGCCAAAACGAGACAAAAUGCCCUUGAAAGUCUCAAGCUGGCAUUCUCUUCCAAACUCCUAUCAGACUUUUUGGUGGAAAGGAGAGUCACCCUCACUGAUUGCUUGGAACGUUGCUUGAAAAAGGGUAAGGGUGAAGAACAAGCACUUGCAGCUGUUGUUGCAACCCUAUUGUGUAUUCAGCUGGGACCGUGCAAAGAGGCAGAAGAUGUUUUCAAAACUCUGAAAUCUAUUUUAAUUAAUAUCUUUUCUGACAAAUCAGCUAGCUUGGCUGCUAGACACAAUUGUGCCACAGCUCUGGGAACGUGCUGCUACAUAGCUGCUAAUGAAGCAGAGGACCUUGCAUCUUGCCUGACGUGUUUGGAGAGUGUCUUUAGUGCUUCAUAUAUAAAGGGGGAUGGAUCAGUGCCCUCCCACAAUUCUCAGACUCAAGUCCUUCACUGCAGUGCUCUGCAGUCCUGGUCCUUACUGGUUACUAUCUGCCCACCCUCCAAAAUUCAGAAGUUCUUGGAAAAUCAUAUGCCCAAAUUACCUGACCUCCUGUGUAGUGACAACGUGAGUUUGCGAAUAGCAGCUGGGGAAGCGAUAGCACUUCUGUUUGAGUUGGCACGCAAGACAGAUCAAGACUAUUUGUAUGAAGACAGUGGCCAGCUUUGUGAAAAACUGAAGGCAUUGGCAACAGACAGUAAUAAAUACAGGGCCAAAAAUGAUCGGCGAAAGCAGCGCUCCAUUUUCCGAGACGUCUUGCAUUCCAUUGAGGAUGAAGAAUGUCCAGAGGAAACAGUUAAGUUUGGGAUUGAGUGCCUUUACAUCGACAGCUGGGUCAGAAGAAGAGCCUAUGACGCCUUCAAAGAGGUGCUUGGAUCUGGUAUCAGACACCACCUGCAGUACAAUGAAUUGCUGCGAGAUAUCUUUGAACUGGGUCCUCCUCUAGUAUUGGAUGCUGCUGCUAUCAAGGCCAACAAAAUUUCAAGAUUUGAAAAGCAUCACUACAACUCUGCUGUAUUCAAAGCAAGGACAAAAGCAAGAAACAAAGUCCGUGAUAAAAGAGCUGAUGUACUUUGAGAAACCAAAGCACCCAUCAUGUCAGACCUCUUUCUGUAAAUUUUAAUAUUCCUGGUCACUGUGAUUAUAAAAUACAUUCAACAGGGUUUUCUGAAUUGUGUAAGCAAUCAUGGGGCCUUUUAACACUGCAUGCAUACACAACUCUUGUUGCUAUGUUUGCUUUAUAUUUCACUGAAUCAGCAUUUUAAAUUGUGUAGAAAGUUAACAUAUACUCUGUAGGAUUGACUCAAAAAUUAUGCUGCUAUGGACCAAUACAGACGUCAGUAAAAGUCAAUUACUUUUUCUCCAUUUGACCUUUUGCCUUGCAAAAUGAACUUGUAAAUUUAAUCAUUUCGUUGAAAAUAUAUUCAUGGGGAAAUUGAUUAAAUAUUUCAAAUUAAUUUAAUUUUGCAAAAAAAAAGAAAAUCAUAAAAAUAAAAGUAGGUAGUCUUUUCUAUUUUUCUACCUACAUUUUGUACCAGCAGGUAUCUACUUUUUAAAUAUGAUAGAAAUACUGAGAUCAGCUGGGACAGGACUUGGGUUUGCAGAAGGUUUAGUGUACAGUAGGUUUAGUAACCAAACAUGAUAUCUAAGAUUUUGAUUAUGAAAUGAAAAUUGUUUCUGGUUACACCUGUAAGUUUAAACUCAACUCCAAACUUGUAAGUUCUAAAGGACAUUGUCAACUAUUUUUGGUCUUGUGAUUUGCAAGUCCUUUGUCCAUAAUUUAAAUCGUGCACCAGGUGGAGACUGUUUACAUUUAUUAUGUGUUACUUGAAAAUGCACGCUUUUGCCUUUAAGGGACUUCUGAUGUCUCCUUACAUAAAUUUCAGAUUUUUGCUUCAUUUGUGUAUAAGCAGUAUUGUAUUUCCUUUCUGGGUCUGUGGAACUUCAACCUUAAAAGUAUUUAUUCAGGCCAAAUAGAUUUACAAUAGACUUGAAACUGAAAUAUUGUGCAUUCAAUUUAUAUCAAAGAAUUAGUGGGGGAGGAAAAGUUUUUCACUAAUUCUAGCCAAAUGAAUGAAACACUUGGUGCUUUAUAAUCAUAUUUAUCUUUAAUUUUGUGUUUAUAAAUCUUAUUGCUUUUGUUACCUCAUUGAGAGGGAUUCUGCCUCAGCUUCCAGCUGGGUAGAUUUUGCGUGUUAUGCCAGUAUUGCUCCAUGACCUCAGUGCUGACCAAGUUUGGUUCUUCCCUUCUUCUGGCCAGUCAGUUGAUGUAUCUGUGCAGAGCGCAUUUUUCCUUUGGGUAGUAUGGCAUGAGAGAAAGUAGAGAUUCCCAGGAGAGCAGUGCUGAGUUAAACCACAUGCCUGCCAUUUUGAACUGGGGCUUCCCUGAGUGAUUACAUUCAAGCAUACAACUAGUCCAUCUGCUUCGUGAUGAUGUUGGUCCAUCAACACAUUAUUUUUAAGAAUUACACAAUAAUGCUGCUGGCACAUGCGUAUUGCCCUAAAGUUUAUAUAUGUAUAUAUUUUAUAUAUGGGUGCCCUAUCUACAAAGGUAUUGAUCUUGUAAACCAUCUUACCACAAUGAAUGGCUCAGGAGCCAGUUGCAAAAUUUCUCGAUAGUUCUUCAAUCACAUAACCAGAAUUAUCAUAAUUGGUUAUCUAUGUCCAAGAUGCAGAAUUGCUAUAUUAUCAUACCAGUUUUUUUUCUAAUUUUGUGUUUGAUGCUUCCAGUUUUCCAUCCUGUCAUCCUUGUUUCUUCAGUUGCCAGGCUGAAAAUGUACCUCUUAAAAAGAAAAAAAAGUCCUCUAUACCUCAUAUGGAUAUAACAAAAUUAUUGCUUUUUGUUACUCUUAACCAAUGUUCAUGGCAUUUUCUGAUUUAUUUUCACUGGAAUCCAUUUAGAGAGAGUAAUAAAACUCAGCACUGGUCCAAGCAAAUUGAUGUGUAAUGUGGAGUUGGCAGUUUUAAGCCUUUUAUAGUUUCAUUAUAUCUGUAGGUGGUUUGGCUCAUCUGCAGUACAUGUGAACCUUAUAACUGAUUUGCCAACAACCAAAUGUCAGAAGGAAAACAAAACUUACAAACACAUCUGGCUCCCUCCCCUUCCCCAGUAGAUUGAUUUGAGAUAGAUUGCAGUUGGAAUUCCUCGGGAUCUGAGCACCCGGUGUGCACCAGUUUGAUGGCUUUGCCUUCUGCUUAGACAAUUUACAGAUGUGUUUAUGCAAACUGUUUCUGGCAACCAAAUUCUUUUCAUAUCUUUCAAGCUUUAAAUAAAUGAGGAAGGAAUUCUGUAUAUGUGCCUUUGCAUAAUGUACGCUGUAUCUGGAAGAGCUUAUUAAAUAUUGUGAAAG